GUACCGAACCCCGCCUUUCUCGGAUAAUCUCGUUCCUUCUGAAUCCUCUUCACCCUCAACUCUCCAAUCAUUUUCCCUUUAUUCAUUGUGCGGUUCCAUGCGUGAUUUCUCUCCCAGGCUGGUUCCUUGUUCCCGCACUUCUGUCUUCUCCGUCGAUCUCGAAUCUUGCUUCCUUGCUAGGCGUUUGUUCGUCGCACAGUAUGCGAUGCGAGGAAGUAGUGGAUGUUUAAUGGGUGAGGGUGCUUGUUGAUACGAGGAAGUGAUGAAGCUUUCUGCUCUUUUGACAUCUGCGGGUAUUAACAUUGGCGUCUGCGCUCUGCUAUUAUCUCUCUAUUCGGUGCUCAGAAAGCAGCCAGGAAAUAUCAGUGUUUACUUUGGGCGGAGGCUCGCAGAGGAGCACGGACGACAGCGGGACUCAUAUGUUCUGGAGAGAUUUGUUCCUUCACCGAGUUGGAUUUUGAAAGCUUGGCAAUACACGGAAGAGGAGAUCCUAUCUGCUGGGGGCUUGGACGCAGUUGUAUUCAUUAGGGCCAUUGUUUUCAGUAUACGGGUUUUUUCUGUAGCUGCUUCUAUAUGCUUAUUUGGUAUCCUUCCGCUGAACUAUUUUGGGCAAGAAAUGCAUCAUGUCCACAUUCCGUCAGAAUCAUUAGAUGUAUUUAACAUCAGUAAUGUCAUGGCCAAAUCACGAUGGCUUUGGGUACAUUGUCUUGCUCUCUAUAUAAUAUCCAUUUCAGCUUGUAUUCUUCUCUACUUUGAGUACAAAGGCAUUUCUAAAUUGAGGCAGUUUUAUAUUACUCGAUCACUCCCCAACCCUAGCCAAUUUACUGUACUUGUUCGUGGCAUUCCAAAGUCAACAGAAGAUCCACUCACUGAUACUGUCAGGAACUUUUUCACAAGAUAUCAUGGCCCAAGUUACCUUUCACAUCAAAUGAUUUAUCGGGUUGGAAAAGUCCAAAAAAUUAUGAGCGGCGCAGAGAAAGUUUAUAAGAAGUUUGUGCACUUCAAUCAUUGUGCUCAUGAUAAGAGAUUUCGUCUUAAACUUUCAAGGUGUGGUCUUUGUGGAGGAAAAUCUAAUGGUUUCCAGUUAUUUCGGAGUCAAUCUGAAAGUAACAAGAAAGUGAUCCUUAAUCAUCCGUUGACUGAGAAAAAUAAGGAAUGUGCUGCUGCUUUUGUGUUUUUUAGAACUCGGUAUGCUGCAUUGGUUACUUCAAAAGUUCUCCAAUCAUCAAAUCCUAUGUUGUGGGUCAUUGAUCUUGCUCCAGAACCCCAUGAUGUGUACUGGUCAAAUCUUUGGUUGCCAUAUCGACAGCUUUGGGUUCGGCGAAUAUCUACUCUUCUAGGUUGUAUUGUGUUUGUGGUCUUGUUCAUCAUUCCAGUGACCUUUGUCCAAGGUUUAUCUCAACUAGAUCAGUUACAACAGCGGUUACCCUUUUUAAAAGGCAUACUAAAAAAGGAUUUUAUGAUACAAAUAGUGACGGGGUACCUCCCGAGUGUCAUCUUACAAUUAUUUCUUUACACAGUUCCUCCGUUGAUGUUGUUGUUUUCUUCUGUGGAAGGACCGAUUUCACGCAGUGCAAGGAAAAAGAGUGCAUGCACUAAAGUCUUAUAUUUCACUAUCUGGAAUGUAUUCUUCGUUAAUGUUCUAUCUGGUUCCGUCAUUAACCAACUCAAUGUAAUAUCGAGCCCAAAGGACAUUCCUACCCAAUUGGCUAAAGCUGUACCGAGGCAGGCCACAUUGUUUAUCACAUAUGUUCUCACUUCUGGUUGGGCAAGUUUGUCGACUGAGAUAAUGCAGCCAUUUGCCCUCUUAUGGAAUUUUUUUAGGAGGUAUAUCUUUCGAAUUAUGGAGGAGGAUCCUGAUUGCAUUCUAUCGUUUCCUUAUCAUACAGAAGUUCCAAGAGUUCUUCUAUUUGGACUACUUGGUUUCACAUGUGCCAUAUUGGCACCUCUAAUCUUGCCAUUCUUGCUGGUCUACUUUCUCCUUGGAUAUGUUGUGUAUCGUAACCAGAUCAUGAAUGUUUACAUCACACGAUACGAAACUGGUGGAAGAAUGUGGCCUAUAGUCCACAACACAACAAUCUUUUCAUUAGUAAUGGCACAAGUAAUCGCUCUCGGUGUUUUUGGCCUCAAGGAAUCAACUGUUGCCUCAGGGUUCAUGAUUCCACUUUUGAUCUUAACUCUGCUUUUCAAUGAGUACUGCAGGCAACGGUUUCAUCCACUGUUUAAGAACCUCCCAGCACAGGACUUGAUCGAUAGGGACAAGGAAGAUGAGGAAACUGGAAGAAUGGAACAAAUUCACGAACAGCUGUUUUCUGCCUAUUGCCAGUUUCCUGCAGAAAUCUCCAGCAGUUGUACGCCAGAUGAAGAUGGAGAAGGUUCGAGCGGCGUCGAUAAGAAAGACAUGUCGGGUGACGAUUUACAAGUGGAUGUCAAGCAUCCAACGCUUCCUAAAGUCUUUCGACUCCGACAAGCUGUUGAUGCUGUCAGCAUGCUUUUCUCACUGCAAAACAGGAAUUUAUCAAAUCAAAGGAUAAUAAGUUCUUGAGACUGCUUGCGGAUACACCAGUCAGUCUCACAGGAUUAUAAUAUCAUUCUCAAUAUUUUAAAACACUUUAGUUCCACACAUAUUCUUUAGUGUAGAUAUCAAUAUCUUCAAAGGAAUUUUGUAGUGCUAUUUUUUUUUAUUACAAGCACAAGAGGCAAAAUUGUAAGAUGAUAGUUACCAUGGAUUAUGGAUGUAUCAUACGCUGAACCUUAA